CCUUCACUUCACUCCCCUUUGGUCUCUCUCCCUUCAUCUCUUCAUUCGCGCAUUCAUCACGUUAGAAUUUAUUUUUAUCGAGGGUAUUUUGAUAACAAUAAUCACAUUCAUUUCAUAGUAUUCCACGUUAACUUCCCUGUAACAUGAUAUAAUUUUAAAUAUUUGCGCGUGGGACUGUCAAAGUUACCGGAUGAAUCUGGUGCGAGGUUGUGACUCAGAAGAAGGAUUUUGAAGACUACAGUGCAUUUUAGUGUUACGGAAAUUACAUCUGGUUGUUGUAUGUGAUGUCCGACGGAGAUCCAUCGCUUGAAGAGGACGUUCCCAAGCCUCUGUUGGUAAAUGUGGAGGAGAAUGUGUUUACCCCGAAGAUAACUACCCCUAUUUACGCGGGCGGUGUAAAAUUACAUCACAAGAGAUCUGACGCAGGCGAGACGGAGUCUUUCCUGACUGAAGCCCAGCGCAAUGACCUCGCCUUCCAGCAACUCUUCCAAAGUGGAGAUGACGAAUUUCACGAGACAGAGAAGGCGCGGGAGGAGAAAAUCGCGGACCUUCAGGCCAUGUCCGUCCUGAGCAUGUACCACGACAACAUGUCCCAGGACAUGAACACCGACCGGGACAACGGUAGCGAAGCGUCCACCAGGCCAGCAGAGGAGUGUAUCUGCGGCGGACCUCCCGACGUCGGCAAUGGCAAACCCUCGGACAACCAUUGCUCGAUAGUGAUGGGCGGAGUCCUCCACAAUCCCUCUCUGACCUUCACCGAUGGGGUGAAGACGGUAGACUACGUGUUGGUCUGGGAGGCCGGCAAAGAGGACGCGAGGAAACCCGAGGCGGUGGAACAGAGGAGGAUAUUUGAGGAGAACCUGGAACUCGAGGGGUUAGCGUUGGAGAGGGCAGCGCCGGAUAACCUGCACGGACUGAACUUUGUUAAGAUACAUGCGCCAGUACAAGUUCUGAAAGAUUAUAGUGAAAUAUUAAAAUUAAGGAUGCCAAUGAAGGAAUGCAGUAAGAUACGAAAAGGUGGGAAGACGAAUAAGAUACUGAAUGCUGCACUGUAUAUGUCUAAGUUCUCCGCCCUCAAAGACGUGCACGAAAAGACUAACAGUCUGCUGGACAAAGUGGAGGGCUGUUGGGAUAGCUUCAUGAACACAAUUAGGGUGGACCCAGUAAAGUUCCCUGAGAAGAGACACCGCCUCACUGCCAUUUAUUCUAAGGACAAGGAGUACUUAUUCGAUACAAGUUCCCCAUGUUUCUGGACUCCGUCGAUCCGUUCUCGCAUAGUCCAGUUCAUCCUGGACCGCAAGAAGUUUUCCAAGGAGCCCGGCGACGACUUCGCAUUCGGCAUCACGAGGCUUAUCAGCAAUAACGUGUACAGCGCUGCGUAUCCUCUACACGACGGUGAUCUCAAAACUCCUGGCUCAAUGCGGCAUCUGCUAUACACGGAAUGGGCUAGCGUAUCCAAAUGUAUAAAAUACCAGCCGCUCGACUAUAUUAAGGAUUAUUUUGGAGUUAAAAUAGGUUUAUAUUUCGCAUGGCUCGGCUUUUACACCCACAUGCUUAUACCAGCAUCGAUAGUGGGACUUAUAUGUGUGAUAUAUUCUGCAUCUACUGUAUACUCAAAUAAACCUAGCGAAGACGUAUGCAACUACAACUCGACAAUCAAGAUGUGUCCGCUGUGCGACUACCACUGCGACUUUUGGGACCUCAAAGACACGUGCCUGUACUCCCGCAUCACGUAUCUGUUCGACAACCCGACUACUGUGUUCUUUGCCGUGUUCAUGAGUUUUUGGGGGGCGUGUUUCCUGGAGCUGUGGAAGCGGUACUCGGCGGAGAUGACGCACCGCUGGGACCUGACCGGCUUCGACGUGUACGAGGAGCAUCCGCGGCCGCAGUACCUGGCAAGGCUCGCGCACGUCAAGCGGACUGAGCUCAACGUCAUAACGGGCGAGCGGGAGCCCAUGGUUCCGUUCUGGCGCAUGCGUCUCCCCGCCACGCUCAUGUCGUUCAGUAUCGUGGCUCUUCUGAUCCUGAUGGCUCUGGCGGCGGUGCUUGGUGUGGUGCUAUACCGCAUGUCGAUCAUCGGCGCCACGCUGCUGAGGCAAGACAACCGGCUGAUAUCGUACAACCCGAUCAUGUUCACCACUGCCACUGCUGCCUGUAUCAACCUGGUGCUCAUCUGCGUGUUUAAUUACAUGUAUACCUACCUAGCCGAGUGGUUAACAGAAAAGGAACUCCUACGCACACAGACAGAAUUCGACGACUCACUCACGCUCAAGAUUUACCUGCUGCAGUUCGUCAACUACUACGCGUCGAUUUUCUACAUCGCUUUCUUCAAGGGGAAGUAUGUGGGCCGGCCCGGGGACUAUGUGAGGGUAUUCGGCCAGAGACAAGAAGAGUGCGCGCCGGGCGGCUGCUUCGUCGAGCUGUCCAUUCAGUUGGCCAUCAUCAUGGUGGGCAAGCAGUUCAUCAACACCUGCGUGGAGAUGCUCAUGCCCUACCUGCUCAAGUGGUGGAACAUCAUCCGCGCUAUCGGGAGGAAAAACACAAUCAAAAGUCCUAUGCAGUGGGUGAAAGACUUUAAGCUGGUAGACUUCGGGAACAUGGGACUGUUUCCCGAAUAUUUGGAAAUGGUUCUCCAAUACGGCUUCGUAACGAUAUUCGUGGCUGCGUUCCCGCUCGCACCUCUCUUCGCUCUCAUCAACAAUAUUCUCGAAAUGCGCCUCGAUGCAAAGAAGUUUCUCACUUGCUACCGCCGCCCCGUGCCGCAAAGAGUCACCGACAUCGGCGUGUGGUACAGGAUACUCGACUCUAUCGGCAAGCUGAGCGUGAUCACUAACGGCUUCAUAAUAGCGUUCACCUCGGACUUCAUCCCACGCCUGGUCUAUUACUUCUCGAAUGGCACGUACGAGAAUUACGUCAACCACACACUUGCCGAGUUUGACGUGACCGUCUUCCACGAGUAUCGGCCGCAGUCCUCCACGUACAAUGAGACGAUGUGCUCCUACCCCGGCUACUGGUACAACGACGGCGAAGACUACGCGCGAUCCAACUGGUACUGGCACAUCAUCGGCGCGAGGCUCGCUUUUGUCGUCGUGUUUGAGGUACCUUUUUACUAGAGUAAAUAAAAAUGA